UGGUUGUUGGACUAAUGAACGCCUGGCAAUUCGAAUAAGUCUAGGUCAUUAAAAGGACACUCACAUUAACGACCAUACGGCUGUCAGAGUGCUCAUGAAGGAUUAUGAAUCAUUCACCUGCAUUCUCUGCGGCAAAUGUUUCUACGCCUAGCUUACAAACAGGAAAUACAGGAUCAGCUACAUGGAUUAAUAAAUUAAAAAUUGUCGGUAGAGGACAAAACUGGGCAGUUGCACCAUGUGAACCUUUCUACUUAAUGGGUACUGAACCACCGGCUCCUGAUGCAGCGUUGACAGGCUCGAAAAAUCUUAUUGAGCAUUAUGGUUUAGAGAAUGCUUAUCAAAAAUUUUGUGGUAAACGUCUUAAAGAAGAAUUAAGUGCUUUCCUACCUCAUUUAUCUGGAAAUAUUGAUGUACCAGCUUCGGUUGAUGGAAGUGGAUUAAUGAGUCUAAUUGAACGACCUCCAAUCCGAGGAAAGGAAUUAAGACCGUUUGCGCCCAAUCAGUUAGAUCAUGCUUUUCGAUUGCAUCCAGGACCUUUGCCUCAAGAAUACUCUUCUCUUUUUGCAGCUGCACCACCAAAACAUAUUCAGCCUAGUGGACAAGACCAACAACAACAACAUUUGUUCGCAAGUGGUACCAGUGUAGCAGGCUCACGUAUACCGGCUACAGCUGCACCCGGUUCUGGACUACCUCACCGUAGACGUCGUCGACAUGAAGUCCACCGUGGAACCCUUGCUUCUGGAAGUGAUAGUAGUUCUUCUAUGGGUAUAUCAGGUAUUGGCGGGAAUGUUAGUGCCAGCCCUGCAUCAUUUUUCACUGGACCGUCAUCUUCUUAUACUCAAUUAGGACCAGUACAUCCGACAACAGCAGCACCAUUGUCUUCAAAUCAACUACCGUCACAAACGCCCGGCAUUCCGUCAUCUGUAGGUGUAGCUAAUGCUAAUGUGACACUACCUAACAAUGUAUCUGAGCCAACUCAAUCAUUACAUGGCAUAGAGAGCUCGCUUAGUCAGACUGUCAGCAUAAAUAAACCAGUAGAUCAUCCACCUGGUCUUAUUCCUGCUUCACUUCCUCAUGCUCCAUCAGUACCGUCUAUUCCAACAUUAUCUUCAGAUCCUCCACCACCCCCACCUCCACUUUUAGCUCCUAUACACCAUCAAUCAUCCUCAUCUUCAUUAGGACAGAAAUUACCACAUUCAAAUCAAAAUAAUGUAUCCAGUAUGAAUUCUGUAUAUAACAGUGGUACUACAGUUAAUGCAAAUCUUACACCAACUAAAUCAAAUCCACCUGUACUUCAUUCUAUUCAUUCAUCGAAUACAAAUAAUCCUGUUAGUACAUCUCUGCCUCCAGUCCACAGUAAUCACCAUCAUCAUCAUCAUCACCCUCAUCAUCAAUUCUACCCGCAGCAGCAACAACAACAGCAACAGACACAUCAUUACCACCAACACAAUUUACAUCUUUCACAGUCAUAUCCAUCUUCAUUAAGUCAGAACUCCUCUAGAUCAAUGUCACCUAUUAUACCAAUGGAGACCAAUUCGUCACCACCAUCACCAGAUAUGCAUAAAAUACGUCGUUCAGAUAUGACUGAUGAAGAACGGAGGAAAAAGAAGCGUAGGGAAAAGAAACGACGAAAAGAUAAGGAGUGAAACUGGUUUUUUCAACAAAAAUAAUUGUUCCUAUGUGUGGGUGAGACGCUGAGGUGUGUUUUUUUACUCCUCCCACAGGAUUAAUGUGGGGCGAAGGAGGUGGUUAUAAAGAGACUAAAUUUUUUUCUUAAACUUCUUCUGUAAAAUUGUGUAUUCUACUUUUUCAAACUGUAAAGCUUUCUUCCUUCCUUCUUUCCUUCUUUUUUUGUGAAAUUGUUGGUCGUGUGACUUUUUUCUUUAAUUUGAAUAAGGAAAGAAUGAACACCACAUUUCCUGGAUUCUCUCCCUCUCUCUCUCUCACUUCAACUCUGUACAUCCCAAAUAAAUCAAUUAUUAUUAUUUUAUAUUACAAAAUGGUGUCUGAAGACACUUGCUUCA